AUGCGCGCGAUCACUUCCUCCUCCAACAUCUACUCCGGCACCUUCACCAUGCCUUCAGACUCCGAGCUUUCAUCAUUAUCGUCGGCGCCCCCGACAGACGACGAAGCUAACAUGGCGACCGAAGAACCUGCUGGUAUCGCAAAGUACUUCAAGAAGGAGUCUGAGACGCCGCCGCCAAAGCGAGAACCGUCACCACCGCAUGAAUACGUUCUGGCCGACAAUCCUGAUAUCGCAGUAAGUUUCUAUCCUCGAAAACUGAUCUCGUUCAUUGGACAAUUCAUCGUCAUGUUUCGCGCGCGUUUCCACGAUGUGUUCCCCGGAACAGUGCCACAUUACGGUCCACAAGACAUAGAGAAGGGCGUGGAGGAAUCCCCACCUGAUGAAGGCAUCGAAAGACUUCUUUGCGCAUUACUUGGACUUGUUUUGAAUCGCAAGAAGGAAGUUGAACGAAACCACUUCACACGCCCCCUCGAAGAAGCAAUUCAUACACACCAGUCGCAAUGGCCCAAAGCAUGGCAGGGCAAAAACCCCCUUCAUGGAGGUCGCAGCUUUGCGACCAUGUCGCCCGUGGAACGUUUGCAAUUACUCAAAGCCUUGAUACUUUGGUCGCUUUCAUCUUCCGAGGCAGUUGCGGCCAAGAUCAAGGAAUCCUACAAACAGACACGCCACGAUGACGACCUCAACCAGCCCCUGUCCGUUCAACCUUGGGGGCGGGAUAGCUUGAAACGCAGAUAUUGGCUCAUUGAAGGCCAAGACGAUACAAAUUUCCGACUCUACCGCGAGAGCAAUCCGGUUCUCAAACACAACACUUGGUGGAGCAUCGCAGGCAGUAUUCCCGAACUGGAGGGUAUUGCGGAGAAGCUUCAAGGCGAAAAAGGAUUGAAUUCCAAGAAACUCAGCGAGAAGAUUCGCGCCUCCAUUCCCAGAUUCGAGGCAUCAGAAGAGAAACGUCGACGUCGUGAGUACCGUCUCGCCCGCAAAGCGGCUUUUAUUCGCCCAGAACUAGGUUCCUCCUUGUACGAAGGUCGUACACGCGGAAAGAAGCUUAAGUACACAUAUUCGGAUGACGAGGGUAUGUUUUCUGAUGAGCAGCCUACUACUCGUCGCUCGAAUCGAAAUGGGGGACCCGCAGAGGCCCCGACAGAGUCCAGACGCCCCCGGUUCACAGCAAGUGGGAGACAGAUUCGAUCUCGUGCCGGGGGUCUCUAUGGCGAGGCUUUAUUGUAUGGGCAGCGUGGGGAUGCCGAUGAUGAUGAAUUUGAUGAGGAAGAGGAAGAGGAAGUCAGCAGGCCGCAGAGGACUCGGACUUCAAUCCAUCCAAAUGGAUACUCUGGAUAUGACGCCGAAGACUUGGAGGAUGCAUCGGAAGUUCACUCCAGUGCCAAUGACAGUGGCAACGAAUGGCGAGGUGUAGAGGAUGAUUUGGAGAAUGAGAAUGACUUUGAAGGCGAUGAUGAGGAAGAGCAAGCCAGUGGAGACGAGUCGGGUGACAUUGACGAACCAGAAAGUCUUGUUGUGCAGCUUCGAUACGGCAAGGGGAAUUCGUCGAGCAAUCCAGAAGUUCAAAUCGACAAACCGCCCCCUACGGAAGACGCCGAGAUGAAAGAUGUUGGGGAAACUGCCACUGCAGCACCCGUGUCAGCUUCUGCGCGAUCACAGCCGACGACACUCCCCCAGCAAACGAACUCCGCCGUUGAGCAACCAGUCAAUACCCACGCAUCACCACCUGCGCCGGUAGCCCCGGUUUCAACCCAAUCUACGCCCAUUGUGGCAGUACCCUCUACUGUCCCUGAAUCCAAGCUGCCAGGAUUUGCCUCAAAAGAGCAGAUGACCACUUCUGUGCAUACCGCUCAAGUUCCUCUGAGUGCCAGCAUGGAGGUACCGAAGGAAAAUUCAAUUGAGCUGAACGGGACCGCUCCCUCUUGA